AUGACAUCAGAGGAACUGACUGUAAUUACACCAAGGGGCCAUUUGAGUCUACACAGUGUAAAACGAUGGCAACUCAAUGGGACAGACUAUCAGCCUGCGGAAGUGGACGGGAACUGGACCAGUGUUACGGACACCAGGUUUAGCGCGUGGACACCUACGUCCAACAAACGUCUCAAUCAACAGCUUUUUCAGGAAAGAACCACCCUCAUAUUCCACUGGUUUGACCUGUGGACAGACCACCAAAGGAAACAGUUCAUUCAAAUCCUCUUGACACGAUGCUCAAAAUCACAGCUCCGAUUUACCAGGGACUGGCUGCUGGAAACAGUACCCGUCACGCGUGUGGACUUUACGGCUGUGCUUCCCCGUUUCCUCUCUCUGUACAUUCUCUCUUUCCUGAACCCUCUGCAACUCUGCACUGCUGCACAGGUCAGCUGGCACUGGAAGUUUCUGGCAGAGCAGGACUGCCUGUGGUCACCAAAGUGCGUGAAGCGAGGCUGGUUCCUUCCCUACAGCCCGUCGGACAGUGAGUACGGUGCCUGGAAAAGACACUACGUGGCCUGCGUCUCCAAACUAGAUUACCUGACCCCACGGGAAGCCUCAGAUAUCUACGGGACUCUGAAUGAAACGGUGACAGACGUAGAGGAGGAAGAGGAGGAGAGACGGAGGGAGCACACGAUAAGACGAACCAUCAGGGAAAAACUGGUGGAACACAAGAGGGCUGCAGUUAAGUCCAGACGAGCUUGGUUAAGUAAUAGCUGGUCGGCUGGAACUUUGUCCAGUGCCGUCAGUAAACAGAACCAGAUGUCUGGCAUGAGCCUUACCUCUGCCAUGGUCCAUUUAGGGGAUAGGUGUCGGUCACAGUUUGCGCUCUCUUUAAAUCAAGAGAAGGACAGAGUGCUCAGCUCCUCACAGAAUUCGACCUUGGGAAGGUCAUGGGUCAGCAGCCUGAAGAAAUCACUAACAUUAGGACCACAUGUGAAACAGCCGAGCUCCUCCUCCCCCUUAUAUACACCCCCUCUCCUCUUGCUCCUGUUAUCCUCCAGAAUUCCAGCACGCGAGCUCGUGCUCGGCGGGACUCGAGCGACCGCGCUACCGUUGCUGUACGACUACGACGGGACGACCCUGGAGGCCCUGCUCUCGCUGGCAGAGACGGCACUACAGGGUCGGAUGGCAGCGAGGCUUGGCAUACUGGCACUGGGUGGCACAGACCACAUAGAUCUAUUAGAGGGAGUCAGAGUAACAGAGCAAACCGUCCUGAAACCACGUGUACGAGAAUUCUUUGAAAGACUGUGUGGCUGGGUUGUGUCCGACACGGACGGUGGUCGUUUAGACGUUUUUGUGCCUUUGGCAGCAUCGAAUGCAGGUAUGCAGCUGCUGGGAACCCUGUCUUCUCUCACUGGGCUGUCUGUCAGUGCCCCUACAGGAAUAAGUACAGGAUCCUACCAACACAUCCUGAGUGACUGGUUGGGGCCAGGUGCGUUCCCACCGCUGGCCUACCUUAGUGAGGAGGUUUUACUGAGCUGGUGUAAGCAGGCUGAGUGGAUAGAGGAGGCCCUGUGUGUCUUGAGGGAGCAGCUGGAACCUCAGCUGCACCUCCUCAACAAAGAGACCAGGGGCCGCACACUGGGUUUUUUCCUUUGGGACAACAUUAAAUUGCUUGGCGUCAACAUCAGGUCAGAGGUGACCCAAAUUCUCAUCGAGGGGCUUGUGACACUGUCUGAGGAGAUGCACGAGAACGCCUUGGAGUUCCUCACAGACUUCCUGAGGAGGAAAUGUGAGGAGGACGGAGGGAAACGUUUGGACACUGUGUUUAUAACAGAAUCUGGAACUAAAAGAGUCCUGAGCCCUAUUCCUGAGUCCCCGCAGGGUAUGUUGAGUGACGCUGACAGACGGACGGCGGUUGGCAGAGAGCUGUUGAAUAGCGAGAUGUCGUAUGUGCGUUUGCUCCGGGCUCUGUCCGGUGUGUAUUACACACCUCUCCGCGCUUCUCUGGACUCCAACCGGGCCAUUCUCAGCUCCGCAAACCUUCUCGUAGUCUUCUCCUCCGUACUGGACAUCCUGGAGAUCAACCGGCUUUUCCUUCAGGAACUGGCUGAGAGGUUGGAAGACUGGGGUCCAUUGCAGUGUUUAGGUGACGUGUGUGUGAAAUUCUGCACCAACCUUAGAGCCUACACCAAUUUUUUCAACAACUACCCUACGAUCCUCAAAACCAUCGACAAGGUAAAGGACCGCAAAGGGCUGAUUCCCGCUUUCCGGACCUUUCUAAAGAGACAUGACAGAACUCUGGCAACCAGAAUGCUGAGCCUUCAGGAGCUGUUGCUGGUCCCCUCCUCCAGAAUAGAGGAGUAUGUGACCCUGCUCCAGGCUCUGUCCCUCCACACCCCACCAGAGCACCCCGACCACGCCCACAUAACCUCCGCCCUCCACACACUGCUCAGCUACAGGAGCUACAUCCGCAAGUUAAAGAAAAGCUCAGAUCAUGAGAUGAGAAUUCUGGAGACACAGAAGAAGAUCCAGAGCUGUCCAAAUUUGCGAGAGGGGAGCAGAUACCUGAUCAGCACACAGGACGUUGCCUUACUGCACUGUCCAGAUGAAGACAUCAGUCCUUCUCUCAGGAUGUACGAGCACACGAGAGACCUGGGUCUGUUCCUGUUUAACGACGCUCUGGUGCUGAGUGAGAGGAGUGUGUGUCAUCUGCCCUUCAGUCUCGCCGUAAACAGCUCACACACGUUCCUGGCCUCUGUGGCGCUGCACAGCCUUGCUGUCGAUGACAUCAACGACACCAAGUAUGUGCAGAAUGCCUUUAUCCUGGAGGGUCCAAGUCGCAGAUGGAUCUGUGCCACAGACAGGAGGGAGGAGAAAGUCAGAUGGCUGUCUGCCUUACAGAGGGCCAUUAACAGUGCUAUUGCACAGGGCUGA